AUGGUUCAUAAUUCUUCUUAUGUGAAAUUGUUUUUUCUUUCAGGUUUAAAUGAAACAAUGAACUACAGAAUUGCUCUCUUCUCCGUCACAUUACUGUGUUACUGUUUUAUUUUGCUGGUAAACGUUGCUGUUAUUGUUGCCAUCAUCUUGGAUAAGAACAUGCAUGAACCAAUGUAUAUUCUAUUGUGCACUUUCUGCAUUAAUGGACUUUAUGGGACAACAGGUUUCUACCCAAAGAUUCUGUGGGAUCUGCUGUCUGCUGUUCAUGUAAUCUCUUAUUCUGGAUGCCUUGUUCAGGCAUUGGUGAUGUACUCAUUCGUCUGCAGUGAUUUGUCAAUUCUUUCAGUUAUGGCAUAUGACAGAUAUGUGGCAAUAUGUCGACCCCUGGUGUACCACUCUGUCAUGUCAAAGAAGAGACUUGUAUUGCUGGUAUCUUUCUCCUGGUUCACACCUUUUUGCAUUAUAGGCACAAAUAUUUUCCUCACAUCUAGAUUAAAGUUAUGCAGCCCAUAUAUUGCCAGACUUUUUUGUGUGAAUUGGGUCAUUGUGAAACUUGCUUGUUUCCCAGCUGACACUAUUGUUAACAACAUAGUUGCUUACACAACAAUAAUCCUUUACGUAUUUAAUGGUGUUUUCAUAGCUUGGACCUACGUUCAUGUAAUCAAAAUAUGUGUGAAUUCUUUAGAAAACAGGGCAAAGUUCAUGCAGACAUGUGUGCCACAUCUAACCUCCCUGUUGUUUUUUGUCAUUACUAUACUGUUUGAUGUAUUGUAUAUUAGAUUUGGUUCAAACUCUUUACCCCAAACAGUUAAAAAUUUUGUUGAAAUACAAUUUCUUUUCUUGCCUCCCAUUUUAAAUCCUCUCAUCUACGGGUUUAAAUUGACCAAAAUACGGAACAGAAUUCUGUGUGGGAUAAUAUUUAAAACUGAAUGA